GAAACAGCUGCCUCACUGGAAACACGACAGGAUUUCUCAUAGACACUGCGAUCAUGGGCUGCAGCUUACUGACUGUUUCUGGUGUCCAGGAAGUAGCAGUCCAAGGAACAGACGAGAGGAGUGUUUCACAUGAAGGAAAAAAAAACACUAGAAAGAAAAAGAGGAAGUGUUCCAGGAAGGACAGCCAGUAUAAAGGGAUCUCCUGCCUCCUGUACUGUCACUGACAAGUGAUACAGGGCAUCCUCUGUGUCAGCCAUGGGGAGUGUACAACAGGGACACCUUCGUUGUUUGACUCUUGUCUCUCUCCUCUUGAUCUCAAGCUCACCUGCUGCAGGCUUCUCUGUCAGAUUAACUGGGUCUACUCAGUGCUCUGGAAGGGUAGAAAUCAUCUACAGUGGCAUCUGGGGAACAGUCUGUGGUGAUGGAUGGGACCUAAACGAUGCUCAGGUGGUGUGCAGAGAGUUGAACUGUGGCACAGCAGUACAGGCUCAUCAGUUGGCUGUGUUCGGUCAAGGUACUGGACAGAUCUGGCUCGAUGAUGUGAGCUGUUCAGGAGGAGAGAGUUAUUUAUAUCACUGUUCAAACAGUGGAUUUGGGACACACAACUGUGGACACCAUCAGGAUGCUGGUGUGGUCUGUUCAGGUGUCAGAUUAGCUGGGUCUGGGUCUACUCAGUGCUCUGGAAGGGUAGAAAUCAUCUACAGUGGCAUCUGGGGAACAGUCUGUGGUGAUGGAUGGGACCUAAACGAUGCUCAGGUGGUGUGCAGAGAGGUGAACUGUGGCACAGCAGUACAGGCUCAUCAGUCGGCUGUGUUCGGUCAAGGGACUGGACAGAUCUGGCUUGAUGAUGUGAACUGUUCAGGCAGUGAGAGUCGUUUAAGUCAGUGUUCACACAGUGGAUAUGGGACACACAACUGUGGACACCAUCAGGAUGCAUCUGUCAUCUGUUCCGGUGUCAGAUUAGCUGUGUCUGGGUCUACUCAGUGCUCUGGAAGGGUAGAAAUCAUCUACAGUGGCAUCUGGGGAACAGUCUGUGGUGAUGGAUGGGACCUAAACGAUGCUCAGGUGGUGUGCAGAGAGUUGAACUGUGGCACAGCAGUACAGGCUCAUCAGUUGGCUGUGUUCGGUCAAGGGACUGGACAGAUCUGGCUCGAUGAUGUGAGCUGUUCAGGAGGAGAGAGUUAUUUAUAUCACUGUUCAAACAGUGGAUUUGGGACACACAACUGUGGACACCAUCAGGAUGCUGGUGUGGUCUGUUCAGGUGUCAGAUUAGCUGGGUCUGGGUCUACUCAGUGCUCUGGAAGGGUAGAAAUCAUCUACAGUGGCAUCUGGGGAACAGUCUGUGGUGAUGGAUGGGACCUAUACGAUGCUCAGGUGGUGUGCAGAGAGUUGAACUGUGGCACAGCAGUACAGGCUCAUCAGUCGGCUGUGUUCGGUCAAGGGACUGGACAGAUCUGGCUCGAUGAUGUGAGCUGUUCAGGCAGUGAGAGUCGUCUAAGUCAGUGUUCACACAGUGGAUAUGGGACACACAACUGUGGACACCAUCAGGAUGCUGGUGUGGUCUGUUCAGGUGUCAGAUUAGCUGGGUCUGGGUCUACUCAGUGCUAUGGAAGGAUAGAAAUCUAUCACAAUGGCUCCUGGGGAACAGUCUGUAGUGACGGAUGGGACCUAAACGAUGCUCAGGUGGUGUGCAGAGAGGUGAACUGUGGUACAGCCUCACAUGUUUAUAAUUAUACUGCAUACGGUCAAGCGACUGGACAGAUCUGGCUUGAUGAUGUGAACUGUUCAGGCAGUGAGAGUCGUUUAAGUCAGUGUUCACACAGUGGAUAUGGGACACACAACUGUGGACACCAUCAGGAUGCAUCUGUCAUCUGUUCAGGUGUCAGAUUAGCUGGGUCUGGGUCUACUCAGUGCUCUGGAAGGGUAGAAAUCAUCUACAGUGGCAUCUGGGGAACAGUCUGUGGUGAUGGAUGGGACCUAAACGAUGCUCAGGUGGUGUGCAGAGAGUUGAACUGUGGCACAGCAGUACAGGCUCAUCAGUCGGCUGUGUUCGGUCAAGGGACUGGACAGAUCUGGCUCGAUGAUGUGAGCUGUUCAGGCAGUGAGAGUCGUCUAAGUCAGUGUUCACACAGUGGAUAUGGGACACACAAUUGUGGACACCAUCAGGAUGCUGGUGUGGUCUGUUCAGGUGUCAGAUUAGCUGGGUCUGGGUCUACUCAGUGCUCUGGAAGGGUAGAAAUCAUCUACAGUGGCAUCUGGGGAACAGUCUGUGGUGAUGGAUGGGACCUAUACGAUGCUCAGGUGGUGUGCAGAGAGUUGAACUGUGGCACAGCAGUACAGGCUCAUCAGUCGGCUGUGUUCGGUCAAGGGACUGGACAGAUCUGGCUUGAUGAUGUGAGCUGUUCAGGCAGUGAGAGUCGUCUAAGUCAGUGUUCACACAGUGGAUAUGGGACACACAACUGUGGACACCAUCAGGAUGCUGGUGUGGUCUGUUCAGGUGUCAGAUUAGCUGGGUCUGGGCACGGGUCCACUUUCUGCUAUGGAAGGGUAGAAAUCUAUCACAAUGGCUCCUGGGGAACAGUCUGUAGUGACGGAUGGGACCUAAACGAUGCUCAGGUGGUGUGCAGAGAGGUGAACUGUGGUACAGCCUCACAUGUUUAUAAUUAUGCUGCAUACGGUCAAGCGACUGGACAAAUCUGGCUUGAUGAUGUGAACUGUUCAGGCAGUGAGAGUCGUCUAAGUCAGUGUUCACACAGUGGAUAUGGGACACACAACUGUCGACACCAUCAGGAUGCAUCUGUCUUCUGUUCAGGUGUCAGAUUAGCUGGGUCUGGGUCUACUCAGUGCUCUGGAAGGGUAGAAAUCAUCUACAGUGGCAUCUGGGGAACAGUCUGUGGUGAUGGAUGGGACCUAAACGAUGCUCAGGUGGUGUGCAGAGAGUUGAACUGUGGCACAGCAGUACAGGCUCAUCAGUUGGCUGUGUUCGGUCAAGGGACUGGACAGAUCUGGCUCGAUGAUGUGAGCUGUUCAGGAAGAGAGAGUUAUUUAUAUCACUGUUCAAACAGUGGAUUUGGGACACACAACUGUGGACACCAUCAGGAUGCUGGUGUGGUCUGUUCAGGUGUCAGAUUAGCUGGGUCUGGGUCUACUCAGUGUUAUGGAAGGGUAGAAAUCUAUCACAAUGGCUCCUGGGGAACAGUCUGUAGUGACGGAUGGGACCUAAACGAUGCUCAGGUGGUGUGCAGAGAGGUGAACUGUGGUACAGCCUCACAUGUUUAUAAUUAUACUGCAUACGGUCAAGCGACUGGACAGAUCUGGCUUGAUGAUGUGAACUGUUCAGGCAGUGAGAGUCGUUUAAGUCAGUGUUCACACAGUGGAUAUGGGACACACAACUGUGGACACCAUCAGGAUGCAUCUGUCAUCUGUUCAGGUGUCAGAUUAGCUGGGUCUGGGUCUACUCAGUGCUCUGGAAGGGUAGAAAUCAUCUACAGUGGCAUCUGGGGAACAGUCUGUGGUGAUGGAUGGGACCUAAACGAUGCUGAGGUGGUGUGCAGAGAGUUGAACUGUGGCACAGCAGUACAGGCUCAUCAGUCGGCUGUGUUCGGUCAAGGGACUGGACAGAUCUGGCUCGAUGAUGUGAGCUGUUCAGGAGGAGAGAGUUAUUUAUAUCACUGUUCAAACAGUGGAUUUGGGACACACAAGUGUAAACACAGUCAGGAUGCUGGUGUGGUCUGUUCAGUGAGCCUCCCAAAGCCCACCAUCUCUAUGAAUCCUGCUGCUCCCAUCACCUUGGGUCAGAAUGUCAGCAUCACUUGUUCGAUCUCGACGCAGCUUUCAGGAGUAACAUUCAUUCUGCAGAAAACCUCAGGCUCAUUCAGAACCACCCUGACAUCAAGUACCAACUCUGCUAUCUUCAAUAUCCAUAAAGUGGACUUUGAUAAAGAGGGAUGGUACCAGUGUCAGUACCAGAUGAACAUCUCGAGUCAGUCUUUCAAUUCAAGUGUUUUCAAUUCAAGUGUGAGUGACUCUGUCACACUUUCAGUUACAGUGGCACUGCAGCAGCCCAACAGCUCCCUAACGUCUCCGAACAAACAGCUGGUCUUUGGUCCUCAAGAUGCAGAAGUCACCAGGGGUUCCAGCUUCGUCAUCACCUGCUCCAGUCCUGCCGAUUAUCCUGGAGGGGUUUACCAUCUCAUCUUCUCUGGCUCGCGCAUCAACACCAAGCCAGCAGUCAACCGCUUAGCCUCCUUCAGCUUCCCCAAAGCUGACUUUGAACACAGAGGCACCUACAGCUGUGUGUAUGAAGUCACAAUGUCCUCAAGGAAAUUCACUUCUACUGAAUCAGCACCAAUUGCUGUUGUCAUGAAAACCUGGCAGCAGAUAGUGAGGGUGGUGCUGAAAACGGACUCCUCUGUUGACAUGGAGCAGCAGAAGGAGAAAAUCUUGGAGGAGUUCAACCAGAGACUGAAGGAACGCGGCCUGAGUCGAAACGUCAAACUGAGUUGGGUGACGCAGCCUGAUGGGAAGGUCUUCCACAAAGGAAAUAGGAAGUAGGAGGAGGAGAAGGACUGAAGUGGGGCUCCUACAAAUCCAUCAACCUGUAAGAAACAGAGAGCGACUGAAGUUUGAUCAUCUGUAUGUGAGAUCAUAUCUGAAGUAUCAGACCUUAAGUUGCAUUAUUAAUACAUGCUUUAAUGUUUCAUGGUUAUUUUGUAUCAGUGUUUUAAUGUCGUUCAGAAUUUUUGCUUGUUAGUAAGUCAUACGUAAUUGUUACAAUCACUGGUACUAAAAAAGUAUCUUGGCCCAGAGGGUCAAAGCACAACAAUAUUUCAGAAAACAUUAAAUGCAACAUUCCACAAGACAGAACAUAUUUGGACAUGUAAUUAAAGGCCAGCUACAAAACAAUAUCUCUAUAUAUUUCCACCGCUUGACUUGGCAUCAGACAGGAAGCUGAAAGCAUCACAUCGCUCUGUAGACGCACAGACGGGUUAUAGGAAACACAGCUGCCAUGUUUUCUGAAAGUGUUGUUGUGUUGUUAAAUGUCCUGUCUGUGAAAUGUGUCGUCUGAAAUGCUGUUCUGAUGGCCGUUUUCUUAGAUGUCUUGUUUCCUGAAUGAUGGUGUGUGAGAGGAGUGAAUAACAUGAUGGUCCUGAAAAUAAACUAAAGACAGUAGCAUGCAAA